ACCAGCAUCACAUAGAAUGAAAUAUUUUGGCGACACGUUUAACGGUUUGUGUUUUGUAAGGAAGCUGUUGAACAAGCAACACAGAUAGUUUACCCCCCAAAUGGAUUUUCCACCAAACCCACUGUAGCCCAUUGCAGGUAGCCUGCCAGAAUGUUGUAUGAUUUUACACAGACAUUAAAGCAUCAUCCAGUUGCCUGAUCAUCCUAAAGUUCUCGGCUGCUGUUCCCAGUGAGCAGACGUAUGUCGCGGAUCAGGACCACACUCGACAGUGUCACGAAGGCAGUAGGCAGCGCAGACCUCAUCUCCAAAAUCUCCCGCCUAAAGCCUGGCAGUGUCGCGGUCAACAGCACCCAUGCAGAAAAGGUUCUAGUCAAAGCCGAGACCUUAAGCUCAAACAGCACAGCUACUCCCUCAACACCUGAGCCUACCAUGAAAGAAGAGGAGGAAGAAGGUGAGAGAAACACAGCAGAGGAGGAGUCAGACAAGCAAUGUCACCAAGUUACAGAAAAUCCUUUUGUUGUCACCAAGAAGUCCAGUUUAGCUUCGGUGGCAAAUGUGUCGGCAUCAGGCUCGUCCUCCACUGUGGCUAAACAAACUAUGCAGCUGUUUCACCCAGCUGCUCUUUCAACCAACAUGGAUGAGACCUACAAAACUCUGGCUCAGCACAUCAAUAGUUACUUUGGCACAAACACGCAGGGAGAAGAUGGAGAGAACAGGCCACUGCAGCAGGACAGAGGAAGGGAUGCUCCUGUGCCUCCUCCUCACCCUCACCCUAUCCCUCGGAGAACAGGCGAUCACAUUCCUGUUUUGUCUCCUGUCGCAGAGGCUAAGAGUAUUGAAGCACCAACUACCUCCCCUGUCCCCCUCUCUCCAUCAGAAAAGCUCAGUCCUCCAGUAGAGACACCCUUCUCUGAUACACCUGCAACAGAAAAUGAAGCUCAGUCCAUCCCUGUGCCUACUACCUCCGCUAAAAAAGGCUUCACCCACUAUCUAUCCUACCCUCGGCCCAGCGUUCAGGCUUUUGUUGGCAGUUACAUUGCACCACUGGUCCCCAAAUUCAGAGGUGAUUCCAAAAGCGUCGCAGCUGAGAAAGACAAGGCUUCAGCAGUCGCCGUGGAAGAACCCACUGUAGACAAAGCAGGAGAGAAGACGGAUAGUGAAGAGGAGAAAGCAGAGAAAGUGAGGCAACAGCUGCAGACUCAAAGGGAGAAGAUAAUAGCCAGGGUGAGUGUAGACAACAGGACCAGAGCUUUGGUGAAAGGCCUGCAGAGGGUCACUGAUGUCAAACUCCUCACCACUCGAGUGGAGGAGCUCAGCUAUCAUCUCCUGGAGUUCCCUGAGACACGAGGUGUAGCUAUCAAGGAGAGUGUGCUGCCCUGCCUGCUGCGUUUGCGUCAGGCCAGGGACCUUCCUCUUCAGGCUGCUGUGAGAGAAGCACUGGCUGUGGUUGGAUACACUGAACCAGUCAAAGGCAGAGGCAUUCGGGUCCUGGCCAUAGAUGGAGGAGGAACAAGGGGACUGCUGGCCCUGCAGACUCUCCAUAAAUUGCAGGACCUGACUGGGAAACGAGUCCACCAGCUCUUCGACUACAUCUGUGGAGUCAGCACAGGUGCCAUCUUGGCCUUCAUGUUAGGAAUUUAUCAGAUCCCCCUAGAAGAAUGCGAGGAGAUGUACAGGAAGUUGGGCUCGGAUGUGUUCAAACAGAAUGUCAUCGUUGGAACUGUUAAGAUGGGCUGGAGCCAUGCUUUCUAUGACAGCGAAAUCUGGGAAAAUAUCCUCAAGGAACGGAUGGGUGAUGGGUGUAUGAUUGAAAGUGCCAGGGACCCACACUGCCCUAAAGUGUCAGCAGUGAGCACUAUUGUGAACAGGGGUUUACCUCUGAAGGCCUAUGUGUUCAGGAACUACAGACUAAUGCCAGGAGUGAGAUCCCACUACCUUGGAGACUGCAAACACAAAAUGUGGCAGGCUAUCAGGGCCUCGUCUGCCGCCCCGGGCUACUUCCAGGAAUUUGUCCUGGGAAAAGACCUUCAUCAGGAUGGAGGACUUCUGAUAAACAAUCCCACUGCGUUGGCCAUCCAUGAGUGUAAGUGUCUUUGGCCAAACACACCUCUGCAGUGUGUGUUGUCUCUGGGCACAGGACGGUACGAGACAACGGGCAAGAACAACACGACCUACACAAGCCUGAAGACCAAACUCACCAAUGUCAUCAGUAGUGCCACAGACACAGAGGAGGUGCACACCAUGCUGGACGCCCUCCUGCCCCCUGACACCUACUUCCGCUUCAAUCCCUACAUGAGCGAGGACAUCCCGUUGAACGAGAGCCGCGUGGAGAAGCUGAACUUCCUCAAGAGUGAGGGGGAGCGCUACCUGGAGCGCAACGAGGCCAAGCUGAGGAAGGCUGCUAGCGUGCUGGGCCAGGAGAAGAGCACCAUACAGAGGCUGGCCGAAUGGGCCAAGCUCAAGGCCGACAUGUAUGAGGGUCUCCCCUUUGUCUCCAAGCUGUAGUUGUUAGCCUGGCGGCAGUGUGACCACAAAAGAGUUUUUAAGGUAAGAAGACCUGGAGUGUAAAAACUCCUGAUACCUGAAAGGGAUCAAAUUGGACAAAUUUAAUCUGAAAUAAAAUACAAAAUGUUUACAUGCUUUGAUCACCGUCUACCUAACACUAAAAGAUGAUUAUUCAAAAAAAUGAAGACACUGCUCUGAAUAAUAGUGUGAAAUUACAAAUGCGAUGUAAUUUAUUCUUUGUGUGACAGAAUAUGUGUAUGAUCGAGACAAAGAAUUCAAGAGGCUUGGUACUGUGUUGAAAUCGUUCACUUGCCUCAUCAGAGAAAGGAAUUAUGUGUAAAUAAGUUCAUAAAUGUAUGAAUUUUAAACUGGCUGAAAGUGUUGGUUUACUGAUUGGUUUGUAAUGCACAGAAACGGCACCGUUCCUCUGACACAUGACCGUAACGUAUGGAAAAUGAAUGCAAUCUGAUGGAAAGACAUUAGGUUGACAUAAGGUUGAUUCUCUUUUGCAUUUCGGGUAAGCUGAACUCAUUAAAAUGUAAUUAACACAUGAUUGCACAGUGAGAACAUAAACAUGACUGCCUAUUUCUAACACUGUAUAGAAGAAAGACUUCAUGCACUUUGUAAAAUAUAAUUCUUAGCCAAGAAAAUGUAAAUAUUUGAAGUAAUAAUGAACUCUUUGAGUGUUAUUGCCAGAAUUUAAGAAUAAGAUAAAGAUACAGCCACACUGAAAUCUGUUCUUAUACUUAUAAUUAAGUAUUAGAAUGUGAUUAGCGUUAUCCUCGUGGUACAAAGCAUGGUCUGUCUUGUUGUUCUUCCCAGAGCAAUGAAUUGUGGCCCAUUAGUUAGUGUGGAACUUUUGCCUCUUUAGUGUGGAACCUCGCUCAAGCCUGAUUUUCCUCGGCCGCGGCUUUUGUUGCUGUACACUUUAUAAAUUUGACACACAUCUUACAUUACCCUGAUUCCUCCCUUCCUCAUUAAUUUAUGGAAUGCGAAAUUUAAAUAAUAA